GCGCGCUUUUGCGCUCCAGCUCUGAACGCGUCCGGACGGCGUCGGCGCAGCUCGCUAUAGUCGCCCAAACCCUGCGCGGUCAUGUUUUAACGCAGUUUGACGCGCUUUUCACUCCGGACAGGACGAGAAUAGCUAGGCUGGAUCGUUUGUCGGAUAGAAACUUGACCGAGAGCGAGCGACGCGAACCUUCAUCUGGGAGCCGAUUGAUCGAACCGGACUCGGAUCGCGAUUCGGACACCUACGAUGUUUGAAACGGAAGGGAGAAGCAUGUCACGCCUGUCUCUGACCCGGUCUCCGGUCUCUCCUCUGGCCGCGCAGGGGAUCCCACUGCCGGCUCAGCUCACCAAAGCCAACGCGCCCGUCCACAUCGACGUGGGCGGCCACAUGUACACCAGCAGCCUGGCGACCCUCACCAAGUACCCAGACUCACGAAUCAGCCGGCUGUUUAACGGAACCGAGCCCAUCGUUCUGGACAGUUUAAAGCAGCAUUACUUCAUCGACAGGGACGGAGAGAUUUUCCGCUAUAUUCUUAGUUUCCUGCGAACCUGCAAACUUCUGCUGCCGGAUGACUUUAAGGACUUCAAUCUUCUGUACGAGGAGGCGCGUUAUUACCAGCUGACGCCUAUGAUCAAGGAGCUGGAGCGCUGGAAGCAGGAGCGCGAGCAGAGGCGUCUGGCACAGCCCUGCGACUGCCUGGUGGUCCGCGUGACCCCUGACCUCGGCGAGAGGAUCGCCCUCAGCGGGGAGAAGGUGCUCAUCGAGGAGAUCUUCCCCGAGACCGGCGACGUCAUGUGCAACUCGGUCAACGCUGGCUGGAACCAGGACCCGACCCACGUCAUCCGCUUCCCUCUGAACGGAUACUGCAGACUCAACUCGGUGCAGGUGCUGGAGCGUCUCUUCCAGAAGGGCUUCAGCGUGGCCGCGUCCUGCGGCGGCGGAGUGGACUCGUCUCAGUUCAGCGAGUAUGUUCUGUGUCGCGAGGACAGGAGGAGUCAGUCCACAAACACUCCCAUCAGGAUAAAGCAGGAGCCGCUGGACUAGAGACACGCGCUCAGGCCCUCGGCCCCUACACACACACACACACACACACACUCAGCAUUUAUAUACGGGGAAUGUAAUCAAACUGCACCAGAAACCCAAAGAACUCCAGCAGGAUGUGAGCCCCGCCCUCUUCCGCCCCAACCGACCAAUCGGAGGACGCCCGCGUGCAUACGGAACGCAGGCUCCGCCCCCCCUGCCGUGUGCAGUGUGUGUGUGUGUGUGUCAUCAUCUCGGUGCUCACCAACGAAAAAAACGCCAUCGUCAGGGGCCGGGGGUCCAUUUUUUCCGGAUGGUUUUUCCAUUUCAUCCUCGUCGUUUCUAAAGACGUUUUUCACUCCUUAUAGCACCAUGUUGUAUGCGGUUAGCAGUACUAGGCCGGAGUUUUUGUGUUUAUUUCUUUUGUUACAUGAAGGAUGACGGGAGCGGCGUUCCGAAGGCAUUACGUUCGAGAGACUUUCCUGGCAGGAAAACGCUAUCGGGGCCCCGGGGCCGCGUGGCCGAGCAGCCCGGGCUUUAAUGCGUUCGCUGCUGAGGGUUUCUUUGUUUAAAGGAGCUGCGAGCAAAACCUGGCUGUUUCUCGAGCCAGAGCGAGCCGGAGCAUUAAGCAUAUCGUUAAACAUCUGAAAUUUUUAUAAGCUCUCCGAUGCUUGAAUCGAACGGGUUGUGAACUGCACGGCACCUAUACAAAGAGUCGUGUGUGUCAAGAAGUAAAUGAGAGGAGCUCGAGGCAAAACACGGGCAGAUGAAGACGUAGGUUUGCUCUUAAAUGCGUCGUGAAAACAAGCCGCCCGCGUGUUUAAAGAUUCAGUGGAAAUAGACCGGAGCUGGAGCGCUCUGACAGAAUGAGGGUACUAACUAUGAUGCAUUAAUUUUUAAACCAUCGCACGAAUGAAUAAUUGUUAUUCGUCGGCCCAGUUUUAGUUUGAAGUUGUCCGUUUUCCGUUUUUUGAUGUCGAGCAGGCGGUGGAUGCGCUGAGGAGAAGCUGCUGGGUUUCGUCAUGCGUUUGUGAUGAACGCGUCCGAAAACACAGGGAACCAACGUUUCAGAGACGUAUCGCUUCUCUGUCCGGAAGAGGAAUAUUGUUUGCAAAUAUAAAUCUUUAGCCUUGAAUUUUACGUUAAAAAAAAAAAGUUCCAACUGUUCCUACAAAUGCAUUAUUUAGCCGACUUUAACCCUUCUAUUGGCUGAACAUUUAUAAAUUAAAAAAAAAUAUAUAU